AUGUCGGAUUCUGCUUCAGAGACUCGCGAUUUUCUGGGGCAGAAGCUCAAAAGCGGUUCUUUUUUCAGCUUCCCUGGUUUGUUUAUAGGGUUCAACACAAAGGGUUCAUCAGAUUCUGACUCUUUUAGAAGCCCUACUUCUCCUUUGGAUUACAAGGUUUUUGCAAAUCUAGCCAAUCCUUUUAUGUCUCCCAGAGCAAGUCCCAAUGGUCCUCAAAAAGUUGGGAUUGCAGUAAGGUCGGCCUUGAGUAAGAGUAUUCUGUUCGGAUCGCAGUUCAGAAACCCUUCUUCCCCAAAACAUCUGUUUGAUUCGGUUGAUUCUUCUCUCCCUAAGGUCCAUGCGGUUUCUUCAAAUUCCCAGCUCGAUUCUCCCUGUCUGCAACUAGACAACUCGGAGAAUGUGUUUGGAGUCCGAGAAACCCGAUUAGAGCUAUCUGAGGACUAUACUUGUGUAAUUUCUCAUGGUCCAAACCCAAGAAAAACUCACAUUUUUGGUGACUGCAUUUUAGAAUGUCACGGUAGCGAGUUAACUUUUUCUAAGAAAGAAGAGAGAGUGAUGGAAUUGUCCCCGAAAGUUAAAUGCUUGAAUGGUUCUGUUCUGUAUCCCUCUGAUGAUUUUUUGAGCUGUUGUUGUGCUUGCAAGAAGAAGUUGGAACAGGGGAAAGACAGCUACAUGUACCGGUUUGUUCAAUAUCUCUGUUUUUUAAUACUCUAUCUAUUGCUUAUCUUAUUAAUCAUGGCUAUUGAUAUACGAAUGAUUAUUCUAAAUCUGGUUUGGUUUGAGUAUGAGUUUUACAGAAUUAACUUACGUUGGAAGAGGAUCGGCGGAAAGUAG